UCCCGAAAACCUUUGUUCGAGCCGGGGUUUGAACCCGCGACCUCCGGAUUGCAAGUCGCACGCUCUUACCGCUAGGCCACCAGCGCUUCUUACCAUAAAAUAACAACGGUAAUAAAAAUGAUCUGUUUGUUUCAGGUAAAAAUGGCCCAGAUAACUAUCACCCUCACACUGCUCGCCGCUCUCCUAAUGCUGCAGGGUGUCAGCGCAAAACGUGGCUGUUCGGCGUUCGGCCACUCCUGCUUUGGCGGCCACGGCAAAAGAUCCGGAGACACUAACAAUAUAGACUCCUCUAACCCCGAACUGAUGAUGCAACGGCAGAUGGGCCAAGAAGAAACCCCACCACACCCUGGCUACCCUCACUCUGGCUUCAGCGGCCUGUUGCCGGCCGGUGAUGACAUCAUUCCAGUAAGGGAUGGAGGUAUAUACGACCCGGAGAACACCGCCGCGGCCCGCGAGGUAAUGAAGUUUAAACUUCGGAACAUCGUCAAGCACUGGAUGGACAACUACAGGCGGGCGCAGCCAAACAACGAUGAAGGCUACUUCGCGGAAACAUUGUAAAUUAUACAACUGCCAUACUAUGUGCAAUUAUAACACAGUCAUAUAAAAGCUUGGUUUUCAUACUUGGUUUUAAAAUACGAAUGAAAGCAAUACUUACUGUUGUGGCGCGACGACCUGAUAUUGAUAUUUGCCUCCGACACCAAAGAACGCCAUGUUUCUCUGCUCAAAGCCGUUUACAAGUAGCUGUUUUUCUUCUUCCUCGCAUUGUCCCGGCAUUUUGCGACGGGUCAUGGGAGCCUGGGGUCCGCUUGGCAACUAAUCCCAAAAAUUGGCGUAGGUACUAGUUUUUUUGAAAGCGACUGCCAUCUGACCUUCCAACCCAGAGGGUAAACUAGGCCUUAUUGGGAUUAGUCUGGUUUCUUCGCGAUGUUUUCCUUCACCGAAAAGCGACUGGUAAAUAUCAAAUGAUAUAUCGUACAUCAAAAAACUCAUCGGUACGAGACGAGGUUUGAACUCGCGACCUCCGGAUGGAAAGUUGCACGCUCUUACCGCUGCUGGGCCACCAGCACUCCCCUUUACGAGUAUGUUCGAUCGACAAAAAAAAUUGAAUGAAAGCAAUAAAUACUUUAAAUGUUUUUUAAGGUGCGUUUCUGCUUCAAUAAUGCUAGUUUUCUUCUUUUAAAGGAAUAAUCUCAAAUUCUGUUAAGUUAUUAUUGCCAAUAUAUAAAAGAAUGGUUUAAAGACGCGUUUAGAAGUUCGUUUUAAAAUAACUAAGGAUUAAAAGAAAUGAAAUAAGUCUGCUUUGGUACUUUUGAGUGUUUAGAUAAUGUUUUUUUGUAAACUGUGUUUUGAAAAGAUUCAGAAUAAGCUUAUGGGCAAUUGGCACUUAAAACGAUGUUAUUCCUUGAAAAUAUGUGAAAGAAAACAAGUUAAAUUCCAAUUACUUGAUUUCUAUAGGUACCUCUGUUUGUAUUUAUGCUAUGUUAACCAAGCUUUUAACUCUCAAAACAUACAAAUGUGAAUGUCACUGGAAUCUGAACGCUCUUCCAUAAAGUAUUUUAGAUAACAGUUAACCGGCAUUCUAGUGAAUUUAUUUGUGGAACAACUUGCAAAGUCAUAAACAAAAAUUGUGUUUUUAAAUCGAACCGCCGUUUAGUUUUAAAUUCACUUAGGCUCUGUUGAUAUGGCUAUGCAAAAAGUAUUUUUACCGGCUGAUUUGAGGUAAAAAUGCCAAUUGUUCAUUAUAAAGGGCGCUUAGGGGAAAAAAAUAUUUGGCAGGUUUGUAUAUUGUUCCGUUAUAAACGUGCGCCAUUUUCACUUGAUUUGAAAAUUCGAAUUUGAACGAUGUGCUUCUAUCAUUUGAUCUGUCACAGAUUUUUUCCGAGAGCGUCAUCUGCGUUGAACUUGUAUAGACAAACUUCAAUUAACUAUCUACCAGUGGCGGCGCGUCACAAAUAUUCAUAGGGAACCCGGAGCUAAUUUUGCUUUCCUUUUCUCAAUGAACCGAUCGUGAAAGUACUCAACGGGCUGAAAUUAGACAAGCCGGUGGGAAUCGAGUUCUUUGAACGAUCCGCCACUGCUAUCUACUGUCACAAUCUGUAAUUUUGACUUAUGUAUUUGUAAGAAUGAGAUGAAACAUACAUUAACUAAUAGAGGCUUGUAAAUUUUUUGAAAAAAUGGUUUAGUUUCUGCCCUCACCUUAAUGUUGACUUGAAUUUCUAAAAAAAUAGUCAUCGGAUCCAAAAUUACCGGAUACUUCAUUAUUUUAUUUAAUAUUAAAAACCUAUAGAAUAGCGACUAAUCAACAAAAUGACAAAGAGGGAUAUAUCUAGAAAACAAAUAUAUAUAACCGGUAAAGCCGGCGAUGUAGAAAUAUAUCUUCUUAUUAACGAAAUUUGUUUCAGCUUGAAUGAUUGUUUUUAAUAAGGUAAUAAGUAAGAUGAGACAAAAAGAAUCCUAUCUUCAAGGCCGGCUACAGAUUUGCAACCUCUCUGGUGCAAGGUCCUAGGGCGACGGUAAUCGCUUACCAUCAGGCGAUAUUUUAGUUCGUUUGCCUUCUAUAUAGUAAAAAAGUAAGAGGUAUAGUUUGGUCGAGAGUAUAUGAAAGCAAUGUGUAGUUCAAUUCUUUUCAUCCACCACCUUUUGAACCUUUUGCAUCAACCGCUGGAUGGCAAAGGGUCCUAAAGAAUAUAAAGAGUCCUCAAGAACCUAAGAGAGUUCAAGGGACUCAUUUUUCAUACUUUAACCUUGAACGAUUACGGUCUUACCUUACUAAGGGCUCUUUUACACUGAACAUCCCGAAUUUUGCGGGAUGGUUAUCUGCAUAUCCCGUUUUAGUAUACGUGCAGUAUCCCACUAACAGACUGCUUUUGUCAACGUUACUAUAUUAACAGUAUUAACACGUAUACUAAAACGAGAUCCUGCAGAAAACCGUACCCGCAAAAACGCGAUGGUCAGUGGGACUCUAAUUUAGUUCGCAAAAAUUGAAAUAGUUUCCAAAUGGAAUAGAGUUGCAUUUGUUUUGUUUCGUCUUAUUUACAUACAAAGCAAAAAAAACUCCUUUUCCUGCUUUAUAGGCUCAAUUUUCACUGGCAAAUUUUGUUUUUCUUGUAUGGGUGGCCUAAGAGGCCCAAAUUAUCAAACACCGCAAAUUGACAUUUUUGUCAUGUACAGGCGCCACUGUAUCGCAAAAGUUUCAAGCUGAAACUGUAUCGUUUUUAUAAGGCCAUGACUUCUGUAUCUACUUAGUGGAUAUAUUUGUUCGUCAAUUAUAUAAUUAAAUAUACCUACUUAGGUAAAACUUAUGUUAAUUUAUUUGAAUUAAAGGCUGGACAUAAGGUUAAUUAUUUAUGAAAUGUUUGUUAUAUUCUGCUUGUAUGUACGCUAUUUUAACUGAGUUUUAAUAUAACUAAAUGUAAAUUCAGCAAUCGUUACAAAACUUUAGUGUUUUUAAGUGUAAUGUUUAAACAUAAGUUUACCAUCAAAUACUAUGUGACGUAGUGCAUACACGACUCUGUGUUAAGGAUGUUUUUGUGUAUUUUAAUAAAUCGUUAGAAACACUAUA